ACACACGUGAAUUAGUAAAUGUCAAAAUAUAACCUCCCCAACUAGUUGAUAACAAUAAAAAAUAUCAAAAAGAAUUAAAAUUUUUGCAAUGCCGAAAGUAAAAUCAGAAAAGCAACAUCGCAUCCACAAUGAAGUGCAAAAGCAGGGCAUCGUCUUCAACAAGGACUUUGGUCAACAUAUCCUGAAGAAUCCACUCGUAAUUACCAGUAUGAUUGAAAAAUCAGCUCUUCGGCCUACAGAUGUUGUCCUCGAAAUAGGUCCCGGUACUGGUAACAUGACAGUCAAGAUUCUCGAAAAGGCAAAAAAGGUGAUAGCCUGCGAAAUCGAUGCUCGUCUCGUUGCCGAACUGCAAAAACGUUGCCAAGGGACACCACUCCAGUCGAAAUUGCAAAUUCUCGUCGGCGACGCACUCAAAACAGAGCUACCAUUUUUCGACAUUUGCAUAGCCAACGUUCCGUACCAAAUCAGUUCCCCAUUGGUAUUCAAACUGUUGCUGCAUCGUCCAUUCUUCCGAUGUGCCGUUCUGAUGUUCCAACGCGAAUUUGCCCAGCGAUUGGUGGCAAAGCCCGGCGACAAACUGUACUGUCGCCUUAGCAUCAACACACAAUUGCUGGCAAGAGUCGAUCUGUUGAUGAAAGUCGGAAAGAACAAUUUCCGACCACCGCCGAAAGUCGAAUCCAGUGUGGUGCGCAUUGAGCCGCGAAAUCCUCCACCGCCCAUCAAUUUUUCCGAGUGGGACGGAUUGACGAGAAUAGCAUUUUUGCGGAAAAACAAAACGCUGGCCGCUUCAUUCAAGCAGACAUCGGUGCUGGAAACGCUGGAAAAGAAUUACAAGCUGCACUGUUCGCUGCACAACAUUGAAAUGCCGGCCGAAUUCAAUAUGAAAGACAAAGUGGAAAAGAUUUUGAACGACACGAAUAUGAGUGGAACGCGUGCAAGAUCAAUGGACAUCGAUGAUUUUAUGAAUUUACUGUGUGCGUUCAAUACGGAAGGAAUACACUUUUGAAGGACUUCAAAAAAAAA